AAAAACAUUAUUUGCAUGCCACACAUUGUUGUGGCAUGGGACCAGACCCGGUCUUCCCCUGUUACACCUAUAAAAUGCUCGCUGUCCCUGGCACCUACACUCCUCGGAGACUCUCCAGCUCUGUUCAUCCCCUGCAGGUCAGCUCCAGGUCCAGCUCUAACUCUCACCAUGUCUGUUGUCGGUCGUCAGAGCAGCAGUUACAGCACCCGCAGCAUCUCCGGCUCCAGCGGCAUAAGCCUGAGCGGGAUGCAGCUGAUCGGUUCUGGUCAGACCCGCAUCUCCACCGGGUCCUUCCAAACUCGUGCACCCAGCGUGUACGGGGGCGCAGGAGGCUACGGGACCCGCAUCUCCCAGUCCCAGUCGGUCCUCUCCUCCGGGUCACUGAACGCUUACGCCGAGAGUGCAGUGAUCAACAAUGAGAAGGUGACCAUGCAGAACCUGAACGACCGUCUGGCCUCCUAUCUGGCCAAGGUGCGCUCCCUGGAGGCGGCCAACAGGAAGCUGGAGCUGCAGAUCAAAGAGUAUUAUGAAAAGAAAUCUUUUGGUGUUUCCAAAGACUUCACCAGCUUCUUCGCGACCAUCGCUGAUCUCCGGGCUAAGAUCCAUAGGAGAUGUGUCGAGAAUCAGACCAUCAACCUGCAGAUUGACAAUGCUCAGCUGGCCGCAGAUGACUUCAAAAUGAAGUAUGAGAUGGAGCUGAACAUGCAUAUGAAUGUGGAGGCAGAUGUGGCUCGUCUCCGAGGGGUCCGGGACAGCUUGACUCUCACCAUCAGUGACCUGGAGGUGCAGAUAGAAGGUCUGAAAGAGGAGCUGGCAUACAUCAAGACCAACCACGACGAGGAGAUGCGCCUUGCCAGGGUCCAGCAGAGUGGCACAGUUAAUGUAGAGGUUGACAGCACAGAGUCUGUUGAUCUGACAAAGGUCCUGGAAGAAGUGAGGGAACAAUAUGAGUCUGUGAUGAUGAAGAACAAGCUGGAGCUCGAGAAAUGGUUCAAAUCUAAGGUGGAAAUCCUCCAGUCUCAAAUCCUUACAAGUACAACAGAGGUGAAGACGUAUCACACAGAGCUGUCAGACCUGAAGAGAACCUACCAGAGUUUGGAGAUAAAUCGCCAAAGCAUCCACACAGAGAUUCAGUGCCUGCAGCAGAGCGUGGAGGAGGUGAAGAGUCGAUACAGUAUUCAGCUCAGCCAGCUACAGAUGACCAUCAACUCCCUGGAGCUGGAGCUGCAGCAGCUGAAAGUGUCCAUCGAGAAUCAGCAGGCCGAGUACAAACUGCUGCUAGACAUCAAGAUGAGGCUGGAACUGGAGAUCGCUGAGUAUAGGAGGCUGCUGGAUGGAGAACAUUAUGAGGAAAAAAAGGCUGUGGUCAUCAGUAAGGUUGUGGAAGUGCAAGAGACUAAACCCCACAUCGAGAGGAGGGUGAAGACCAUCGUGGAAGAGAUUGUUGAUGGGAAGGUGGUGUCCACCGUUGUUGACACCCAAGUGGAGGACAUUCAGUAACCCCUCUGCUCACCUCUGCUGCCACUAAACCUACGUUUUCACAUUGAUUUGGCCCAUGAAUGGUCUUAAUUCACUAAUUAUGUGUGCUUAAUAAAUAAUUUAGAGUCAGCUCUUAGCUUCAGCCAGGUGACAAAUCACUUUUUUAAACAGGGAUUACCUUGACUUUUUCUUUCUUUUCUUAUGAUUGCAAAUAUCUAGCAAGGUUGCAGCAUGUGACAGUCUUCCCACAAUGGGUGCUCGCUCUGUCCAGACAGACAGAAAUAUGAUUAAAAGUCAGAAUGCAAAGAUAAAGAUGUGUAUUGUUAAUUACUUCUGUGUAUUACAAUUCAUAUAGGUGGAUUAUAGUUUGAACUUGGAUUUUUUUUUAUUGGCAAAACUCAAUCACAGCAUAACCCAGCCACCAAAGACAUUAUUUCACAUCAAAUUUUGUCUGUAAAAAUAACAGGAAGUAUGAAGGGGUCAAAAUUCAAGCCAGUUUUUAUCAUACAAAGAAAUGCUAAAAAGUUGACAAUACUCAUGCUCGAUGUUGGCGUCUCCUAUAUAUUUCCUGUGUGGAUGUUUCAGCGAAAAUCGUAACAAUACACAAAAAUAAAGCAAAUUCUGGCACUGAU